GGAGGGAGGCCCCGGGGGGAGGAGGGAGGAGGACUGAGGGCGGCGAGCUGGAGCCGGCAGGCGGCGGGAGCCCGGGCGAGCCGCGUCGCUCGGGUGUGCGGUCUCCAUAGCAGUGCUGGGCGCAGCCCGAGUGAGUCCAGGAGGCUGAGCACCACCCCCAGGAUCCUUGGGGGCGUCCAGAAGACCCGGAGUGGUCAAGAACCAGAGGAAGAAGAGACCUGGAAGUCCUGGCAUGAGAACCGGGGCUCCCCAGCCAGUUUCCUAGUGGGGGAGCUAUCAGCUUGUCUCCCGGUUAACGACAAGAAUACUUCUGGAAGGGCCCCACCCAACAUGGAGGCCGAGGACCACCUCCGCUGACCCUCAGUCUCCUCCCCCGCCCUCCCCGCCGGACCUCAGCUGGGUCAUUCAUGCAAUGCUGAGCAAGAGGGGCAGCCUAGGGGCGGCCCACCUCACUCCGGGGCAAGGACUGUGGGCGUCAUGGGGGUGCGUGUGAGCGGGGCUCCUGGGUGAGACCCAGCCCCCACCCCCAGGAGUUCAAGGGGGGUGGGGGGACCGAGGAAGGAUGGCUCGGGGCGGGGCGGGGGCAGAGGAGGCCUCCCUCCGCUCGAACGCGCUGUCCUGGCUGGCCUGCGGGCUGCUGGCGCUGCUGGCCAACGCCUGGAUCAUCCUCAGCAUCUCGGCCAAGCAGCAGAAGCACAAGCCGCUGGAGCUGCUGCUCUGCUUCCUGGCGGGCACGCACAUCCUCAUGGCGGCCGUGCCCCUCACCACCUUCGCUGUGGUGCAGCUGCGGCGCCAGGCCUCCUCCGACUAUGACUGGAACGAGAGCAUCUGCAAGGUCUUCGUGUCCACCUACUACACGCUGGCCCUGGCCACCUGCUUCACCGUGGCCUCCCUCUCCUACCAUCGCAUGUGGAUGGUGCGUUGGCCCGUCAACUACCGCCUCAGCAACGCCAAGAAGCAGGCACUGCACGCCGUCAUGGGCAUAUGGAUGGUCAGCUUCAUCCUCUCCACCCUGCCCUCCAUUGGCUGGCACAACAAUGGAGAGCGCUACUACGCCCGCGGCUGCCAGUUCAUCGUCUCCAAGAUCGGCCUGGGCUUUGGCGUCUGCUUCAGCCUCCUGCUGCUUGGGGGCAUCGUCAUGGGGCUGGUCUGUGUGGCCAUCACCUUCUACCAGACACUGUGGGCCCGGCCCCGGAGGGCUCGGCAGGCCCGGAGAGCAGGGGGUGGGGGUGGGGCCAGGGGGGGUGGGCCAGGGGGCUUGGGUACCCGUCCGGCCUUCGAGGUGCCAGCCAUCGUAGUGGAGGAUGCCCGGGGGAAGCGGCGGUCCUCGCUGGACGGCUCUGAGUCGGCCAAGACAUCUCUGCAGGUCACCAACUUGGUCAGCGCCAUCGUCUUUCUCUAUGACUCCCUCACAGGAGUGCCCAUCUUGGUGGUGAGCUUCUUCUCCCUGAAGUCAGACUCGGCGCCCCCCUGGAUGGUGCUCGCAGUGCUGUGGUGCUCCAUGGCACAGACGCUGCUGCUGCCGUCCUUCAUCUGGUCCUGCGAGCGCUACCGCGCCGACGUGCGCACGGUGUGGGAGCAGUGCGUGGCUAUCAUGUCUGAGGAGGACGGCGAGGACGAUGGGGGCUGUGAUGACUAUGCAGAUGGCCGAGUGUGUAAAGUUCGCUUUGACGCCAAUGGGGCCACAGGGCCAGGGGGCAGGGACCCCACCCAAGUAAAGUUGCUACCUGGACGGCACAUGCUCUUUCCCCCUCUUGAGAGGGUUCACUACUUACAGGUCCCUCUGUCCCGCCGUCUGUCCCACGAUGAGACCAACAUCUUCUCUGCUCCUCGGGCACCAGGCUCCUUCCUGCACAAGUGGUCCUCCUCUGAUGACAUCCGGGUCCUCCCAGCCCAGAGCCGGGCCCUCGGGGGCCCCCCUGAGCACCUGGGACCAAGGCAGAGGCUGGAGGAUGAGGAGGAUGAGGAGGAGGCUGGAGGUGGGGGGCUGGCCACCCUCCGCCAGUUCCUGGAGGGUGGGGUUCUGGGCUCAGGUGGGGGACCCCCACGGGGUCCAGGCUUCUUCCGAGAGGAGAUCACCACCUUUAUUGAUGAGACACCUCUGCCUUCUCCAGCCGCCUCACCGGGGCCCUCUCCUCGCCGGCCCAGGCCUCUGGGGGUCUCACCCCGCCGACUCUCCCUGGGGUCCCCUGAUAGCCGAGCCAUUGGACUUCCUUUGGGGCUGAGUGCAGGGCGACGCUGCUCCCUGACAGGAGGAGAAGGGAGCACAAAAGCUUGGGGAGGAUCCUGGGGCCCAGGGAACCCCAUCUUCCCCCAGCUGACUCUGUGAGCCCAAGUGGGCCUGCUGGACUCAGAGAAGGGGGCCUGGGUGGGGAACACCUCCUUCCAUUCCUGAGCCUCCAGACUCUGGGGAGAUGGGCAGGAACCGGGGCCCAGGGACGCCAGCUGGCUCCCAUCCCAGUCACCAGACACCCGCCUCACCUGCCAUCCUCUCUAGCAAAAUGUAUUA